UACAUUGAGGCGAGGCAUGGUCCUUUCUCCCCAGCGACCUCACCAUGCUGAACAAUGUUUUCGACGUGUUGUACAUGAUUCUGGAGCUGCUGAUUGCCCUGCUCUCUGUCCUGGGCAACGUGCUGGUCUGCUGGGCAGUGGGCCUCAACAGCAACCUCCAGAGCAUCACCAACUUCUUUGUUGUUUCACUGGCCGUGGCGGACAUCGCGGUGGGUGUGCUGGCCAUCCCCUUUUCCAUCGUCAUCAGUACCGGUUUCUGUGCAAAUUUCUAUGGUUGCCUGUUCAUCGCCUGCUUCGUCCUCGUGCUGACCCAGAGCUCCAUAUUUAGUCUUCUGGCCAUCGCCAUUGACCGAUACAUUGCCAUCAAAAUCCCGCUUAGGUACAACAGCCUAGUAACCGGGCAGCGCGCCAGAGGCAUCAUCGCGAUCUGCUGGGUCCUGUCAGUUAUCAUCGGUCUAACACCCAUGCUGGGCUGGCACAAAGCCCGCUUACAAGAGGGCCACAAUGGCACUUGCCCACCCGGCAUGAUGGAGUGUUUGUUUGAGGAGGUGGUGGUCAUGGACUACAUGGUCUACUUCAACUUCUUCGCCUGCGUUCUGGUGCCUCUGCUCCUCAUGCUGGCCAUUUAUCUACGCAUCUUCAUGGCUGCUCGCCACCAACUUAAAUGCAUCGAGUCCAAAGCCAUCCCAUGUGAACUCAAGUCCCGCUCCACCCUACAGAAAGAAGUCCAUGCGGCGAAAUCGCUAGCCAUCAUCGUUGGUUUGUUCGCCGUUUGUUGGUUGCCCCUUCACAUCAUCAACUGUUUCACUCUGUUCUGCCCUGAAUGUGAACGGCCGCCGGCUCUGAUCAUGUAUCUGGCUAUAAUCCUCUCACACGCAAACUCAGUGGUCAAUCCCUUUAUUUACGCCUACAGAAUACGAGAGUUCAGACACACUUUCCGGAAGAUCGUCCGCUAUCAUAUUUUGGGCAGAAGGGAGCCUCUUUCAUGCAACGGAAGCACUCGUACUUCAACCCGAACGAGCGUAGCGGAUUCGCUCCGGAUUAAAGUCAACGGUCUGGUGCGCGAACUGUACGCCGAGCAGAGCAGCACCACGAGCAGCUGCGAAAGUGCUGAACCCGGACAUACACACAGGCCAGUAAGCACUGAAAACUCCAUUUUAGACAACCAGCCAAUAGAAAUCAGUAAUUCCCACAGACACACGGCACUGAGGCAUCCGGAGUCGCCGCUCACUGGGAAUAAUGAGGGCCUUGCGUGCAGGAAGCAUGCUGGAUUAGACAUUACGGAUGGGAAGGAUUUGUCCUCGCCGCUUCAUAUUAAAUCAGCUCUGUAUGUACAGACAGCUCACUGUGUUGAACUCACGGAGGUUUCCUGA